UUUCUUGCCUGUUGGGCUAGCUGUCAUGUUGAUGUGCUGUUCUGGUCCUGUUAACCGCGUUUGAAGUGAUAGCUUGUCUCCAGAAAAUUAUUAUCCAAUACUUGCUCGUUGAGAAAAAUAACCGAAAACGCUUCCUGAUUCGUCAAAAGAGAUAAUAAAAUUACAUCGCAAGUUAUGAAUUCGACCGUCCAAUUGAAAUUGCCGCAUCUGUGACAUUAGGAUGUAACGAAUAUUUCGAGAACUUUCGUGGUAGUUCGAAUACCUGUCGUUAAAAGCGCUGUCACCAUUUUUAAUGACAAUCAUAGACUAUAGAAUCGUGACGGGCAUUGCUUACUCGAUGUUGGGCGGUCUGCAGCAUUGUGAGAAGUCUUGAUUGAGUAUACUAGAGUAUACAUUCAUUGACCGGGUGGCCUGGUGAAUCUUAUGAAACCCGUGCAUGCGUUUCCAGCUUUGGUGUGGGUGGGCAUAUCACCCCUUGUGCUAUGUAUCAGAUACUGAUUUACGAUUGAAUUUGUCAUCGUAGAAUUUUUGUGGAUUCUUUUGAACAUCAAGUACAUUUUCUUAAGAUCAGAAGAACAGUGCAGUUAUGCCUAGUGAAGGAAGUGAAUUGCUUCAGUGUUACAAUCGUGGAUGUGGUCAAAAAUUUGACCCACAAACGAACAAAGAAGAUUCAUGCAUUCAUCAUCCCGGGGCACCCUUUUUUCAUGAUGCAUAUAAAGGGUGGUCGUGCUGUAAUAAGAAAUGCACGGAUUUCACCGAAUUCCUAAACAUAAAGGGAUGCACAAAAUCCUACCAUAGCAAUGUUAAACCUCCAGAGCCAGAGAAACCUGUUGUUGAUAAAUCCAAGGCUGAUGAAGUUAUAGAAUAUAAAGCUCCUGAACCAUUAGUUAGAGAAGCUUUGGAAAGACCAUCUUUUGACUCUCCGUUGGUAAGAUGAAAGUUAAUAUAGAUUCUGAAUUGUAAGUAAAUUAACAGAACUAGCAAAUUAUAUUGCUUAUGAGAGUCUGAAAAUUCCUGGAAUAAGGACUUAAGCAGAAGGGAAAUUGAAGAUGUGUGACAAUAGAGUAAUCCUGACCUGGUGGAUAAUUUUUCUCUCCCUGGUCUUGCUGAAAACUUCACUACAAUGACUACAUUUCCACAGUGCUGUAAUAAUACUGUUGCAGAUCUGUCUUCAUUAAACAUUUUGAAAGAAUUGCGAUUCUGUGAUUCUUAUAAGAAUUGAUAUUAACUAAAUUUCUUCAACCAAAUCCUUUCUAAAGUUCUGGGAUCCUCAUAUUCUUUGCAUUUAUUUCUAAAUCUGUGUUUUCAAACCAGUUACUAUUGUUUUUUCCAUUUAUUCUCAUGAUUAUUUAGAAUGCUAUACAAUAUAGCUUGAAAAUAUUGUUAAUACAAGGUGUUUUCCAUAAAGUUGAAUUCAAUCCCUAUUUAAUUUUAUUUGGUGAGCUAUUUAUUUAACUUCUAUUUGGUGAUGAGUACAGUGUCAUGCCACGCGGUACCGUCUAAAUACGUGGCCCUACUAAGAUUACUGAACAAUAACUGUAUUAUUCUACUGACCUACUGCCAGUCAUAUGAAAGGUAUUUCAGUGUCCUCAAACAAGAUGAAUGUGAGUGAUCAUGCGACGUACAUAGGAUUUAAUAAUAAAGUUGGCAUCAAAUAUGUUUGUAGGCUCAAAUGUGGUAAAAGCUUAUAUUUCAGUUACUUGACAACCAGUAUAUCUGUUAUAACCAAUAAACAACUUUUCACUUAUGAUUAAUUAGACUUUUAUGAAUGAGGUUAAUUUAUUUCAAUUUGUCGGGAAGAUAUUUUCGAUUUGAGAGGGUUCUCGGUUGCAGAGCUGACUUUCUAACAUGUUUGUUCAUGUAGGUUUUAAAUUAUUUGAGAUUGUUUCACCCAAUUGUUGUCUGCCAGGAGUUUCUGCCUUGACUAAAUUUAAAAUAAAACCAAAAGAAUGUUUUCAAUCCAAGGUAGAUUUAUUGAUUUAGGUUGAUAUGAAAAAUUUGUGGAUGUGUGAACAAAACCUUUUCUUGAAGCUGUAACUUAAUAAACACUUUAAUUCUCAAAAUCAAAGGAUUAAUGUGAAAUUGUCAUGGUAGUAUAUAAAAGUAUUUAUUGACUAGGCCGUCUGUAUGGGACACAGUAAUGCAAUUACCUUAAGUAGGCCAAGAAAUUUUUAAAAACUAAUAAAAGAUCAUCUUCAAGAACAAUUCAAUUUAUUGUAGUUCUUUGUUUUGCUCAUAAAAAAAUCUGCUGAGUUUAUAUUUGAGCAGAUUGAAAUAACUGAUAGUUUACAUUAACCUAAGUGUUUGAAAUAUACUAGAUAGUAAUACAAAGAAGGAAACAUUUAAUCUUGAUGUUUUUUUUCUUUCUAAUAUUUUAUUUUUCUCACUGUCAGGAAUCCUGAAAAUUCGUCCCCAAAAAUUGAACUGAAAGAGACAUGUUACAUUUAUAAUUCUCAUGAAUGUAAUACACAUUGCAGAUGACCCUGAAAGUGGAUGUUUCUCCAGCUUUGGCCCAACAGGUUCAAUCACUAAAAUUGGGUAGCAAUAGUCAAGAAACACCAGUUUCAUCUGAAAUUCCUAUUGGCACCCCAUGCAAAAAUGGAGGCUGUAAACAGGUAUGAAUAAUGCUGCAGCAGAAAACGAUUGAAGCAAGUUGAUGGAAGAUAUUUCUCCUUAAAGUGAACAGACAGUAUUUCAUUUUGUAGUAAUGUGCAAUAAAUGUUGAAUUUUGAGUUAAGUAGCCUUCUAGAAAUGUUUGAUAUUACAGUAGGACCCCAUUAAAAGUGACUGGAGGCAUUAAAUCAGCUUAACAUAGGAUGUUAAUUUUUCCAUUAUUCACAUUAAUUAACUAUUUAGAACACCCAUUAUAAAAAUUAUCUAAAUGGAAAAACAAAAUUGUGAUUUUUCUUGCGAAAGGAAAACACUUCUACAGAUGACCAAUACUAAAAUCACUGAUCGUUAAAAGCAUAAUACAAAGUUCACUACACAUUAAGAUGAUGAGUCUUACACUUCGUGAAACACUGUGCAGCUCUCACUGUUCCCACUGGCCCAAACAUGAUCAGGACGUUAGCAUGAACUAUGCAAUUCUUGAUGGAGAUCACAUAUCUUCCACAAAACAAUAAACAUGAAAAGUGACAGUAGAUCUUCACCUUCCGAUGACAUAACCCUUUUUCUGUCUUAUAAUGGGGUUCCACUGUAAUUUGCAUGGUUUUUGUUAACAAAUGUUCAAGCUGCAUAUUUGGUCAAACCCAAUAUUGUAACAUUUGUAUUUACUAUUGUUCACAUUUUUAUAGGUUUAUGAAGGUAGCAGCUCCAAUCAUUCACCAUGUAUAUACCAUCCUGGGGUACCUGUUUUUCAUGAAGGGCUAAAAUUCUGGUCAUGUUGUCAGCGAAGAACUACAGACUUCAAUAGUUUUCUUGAACAAGAAGGCUGUAAAACAGGAACGCAUGUGUGGAUUAAGGAAAAGCAAGAUGGAGAUAAAAGUGUUGCAUGUCGCUUCGAUUGGCAUCAGACAGCCACUCAUGUCGUAGUAUCUGUUUUUGCUAAAAAAUAUGACCCAAAUGUUUCAUCAGUUGAAUUGAAUCCAAUACGCCUGAAAGUACAUUUGUUUUUCCCUGAAGAGGAUAGUUCUUUCGACCUUGAUGUUGAGCUGCGAGGGAUUGUGGAUGUGGAUCGCAGUUCAGCAAAUAUGUUGCAAACUAAACUAGAAGUAAAACUUCGUAAAGCAGAACCUGGUUCUUGGCCUAAGUUAGAUUUUCCUCGAAUAGCUUCUGCUACCCCACAGAAAGAAGAAAAAGUUGAAAAAGUUGAAGCAGACAUUGAAGAUGAUUCUGUGGACUUAAGUGACCUGUAACAAUUGUUGCUAUUGUUUCUUUAAUUUUACUUAUAAAUUGUCACCAGAGAAUAGCAUAUUUAGCUAACAUAAGUUAAUCUGAUUACAAGCAACUCAGCUUAUGUAAAAAUAUCUAUGAAAAAAUGAUUGUAAGCAAUUGCACUGGCAAGAAGUUGAGAGUUUAUUUGUAAUUUGAUUUGUUUGUAAGUGUUAGCAUAAGUGAUAUUUUGAAGUAAAAAGUAUCCACAAAA